AUCAUAAGAUAGGAUUGAUAAGUAGAAGAAACAGUGCAGCGGAGGAGAAGACUGUGGAACUGUACAUACCUGAGGAGACCUGUCACACACUGACAAGGGACGUCUGACUGAGGUGUCCCCUCAUGAUGGAGUCAGCAGAGCCAUUGUGCCUCCUUCAUCGCCUCUACAUCUACGCCAUCCAUGGCUACGUGUGUGAAGUCCUCUUCACUGCUUUCUACGACUUUAUAGCCCUCAGAGACUGGAGGUUUCGAGGUGUCUCCAGUGUCUGGGCACUCUUUAUUUAUGGAGUUGCCAUGCUGGGGGUUGAGCAUAUGUACCUAGCUUUGAGACUCCACUGUGGCUUCAUUCUACGUUCCCUCCUGUACACCAUUUGGGUGUAUCUGUGCGAGUUUAGCUCUGGAUGGUUGCUGAAGCGUUUGGGUGCCUGCCCCUGGGACUACAGCCACUUUAAAUACAACUUUAAGGGCCUGAUUACGUUGGAGUAUGCCCCCUUCUGGUUAAUCGGAUGUAUCAUGCUUGAGAAAGUGCUCAUUUGGCACACGUUACGUUUGCGUCUGGAUGGAAAUUGGGAGCCAGAGUUAGGAAGCUUGAUGAUGGACUAGAUGUUCUUUUCGUGUUGGUCAGAGAGUAGAGAUGUUACCUCCUGCAACUACUGUGAUGUGAGAGAAUAAAAGGGACAUUUAGCCAGAGGACUGUGAGGGUCUAUAAGAAAACCACUAUGUAAAGAGGUCUCAGGGACUAGCGAGACUGCCUUCCUCUCGCUCUCCACAAUUACAAGUCAUGAAAGGUUGAACUUUAUAGACCUGUGUCCGUUCUUAUUGCACUACGGUACUAUGAGUGUUUCCAGCGUUGUACUUGAUGUGUCCUUCACCAUUACAGCACUUUCCAAGUAACAUAUCGUGAAGACACCAUGAACGUCCCAGCUGAUGAGAUGAGGGACCCUUACACUAUGACAUUAGUAGCCUCACAGAUGUAUGUUUUUAUGUUUUUAUAUUUAUAUAGAGAUUAGUUUACAGCGCACUUUACAGUGGAGGUCAUUAAAAAUAUAUAGAAUGUAAGAUAUACGUUUGUUACACCUUUAUUUUAUUUUACUGUGAUCUGCAAUAGUUACUGCUGCCCACUAGCCACCAAUGAUAGAAAGGCUUCUUUGUCUAUGAACAGAUGUAAUGUGAAUAUAUAUAUAUAUAUAUAUAUAUAUAUAUUGUUGGCUUAGUGUAAUGAUUUGCUAGCUAAACUUUACUAUUACAUAGCGACUGAGGUUUUGGCCAACUGGCACACAGACACAGCAGGGCAGCAUUGUAGGCCCUGGGCAAAGCAAUACACUGGGCUCCUACACACCCUUUCAAGAGAAUAUAUAAACAAAACAAAAAAACAACUUACCACUCCUGUGGUCCUGUACUGUCUCUCCACGUGCUUCCAUACAGUGAAUGGCUGUCAGCACUAUGAUAGCUCCAACUAUCCACCAAUCAGCAUGCUGACAGACAUUCACUGUCUGGCUGCAGGCUGGGAGGCGGGUAGAGAAUGCUGCACUCUGAUUGGUGGAUAGCUCCAACCAUCCAACAAUCAGCAUGCUGUCAGCCAUUCACUGUCUGGCUGCAGGCUGGGAGGCAGCUAGAGAAUGCUGUAUUCUGAUUGGUGGAUAGCUCCAGCCAUCCACCAAUCAGCAUGCUGUCAGCCAUUCACUGUCUGGCUGCAAGCUGGGAGGCAGGUAGAGAAUGCUGCAGUCUGAUUGGUGGAUAGCUCUAGCCAUCCACCAAUCGGCAUGCUGUCAGCCAAUCACUGGCUGCAAGCUGGGAGGCAGGUAGAGAAUGCUGCACUCUGAUUGGUGGAUAGCUCCAGCCAUCCACCAAUCAGCAUGCUGACAGCCAUUCACUGUCUGGCUGCAGACUGGGAGGCUGCUAGAGAAUGCUGCCUGUCUUCUCUCAUUGUGUGUAAUUCACAAUAAGAGCGUCUGGACUGUAUUCUCUACCUGCCUCCCAAGAAGCUCUGGAGGCACCAACCUGCCCCUGUUCAAAGGCCCAUAAAAUCGUGGGGCCCUGGGCAGAUGCCCAGUGUGCCUGUACAUUAGGAUGGCAGUGGACAUAGUCUAUGUGGCAAUAUAAUUAGCACACCGCCUGAUCACGACAUAAUGGCGUUGUAAUUGACUGAUCCUUUUCCUCAACGCUCAGGCCAACCUGCUGUAUUAGCCUUUAAGGGAGAUGUAUCAAAGAUUAGAGAGAGGUGAAGUUUAGACAUUGCCCAUAGCAUCCAUCAGCUUGUAGGCAAUCAGCUUCUAGGAAUCAUUUAUCAAACACCGUCUAUAAAAUGUCAGUUAAAAUCUGAUUGAUUGAUUGAUUGAUUGAUUGAUUGAUAGAUAUGGGCAACUUCUGCGCUUUAUCUCUCUGGAAGGAUUGAUACAUCUCACCCUUUGUGUGGCCACUAUUAGGCGUAAGAUGACAAUAUUAGCACAUUUCCUGUAGACAGCUUUUUAAACGUUGAUAUUUUCUGCCGCUCAAGAAAUGUUAAAGCAACACCCCCUUCCCAUCACCUAGUGCUAUGGGUAGAGGCAAUCAGUGGGACAUCAACGAUCCUGCAACCACUAUUGUACUUAGGGGGACAUUUACUAAGCAGUGAUGAGAGCAGAGAAGUGAACCAGUGGAGAAGCAGCUCUGUAUAAUUUUAUAGUAUGCAAAUUAUAGCUGUUACUUCAGCGCUGAUUGGUUGCCAUGGGCAACUUCUCCACUGGCUCACUUCUCCUCUCUUAUCACUGCUUAGUAAAUGUCCCCCUUAAGGUGGGUACACACUGGAAGAUAUAUCUGCCGAUCAAUUGAUCGGCAUAUAUAUCUAUGGACGGAUCGGGCAGUGUGCUGUGCAUACACACUGCCCGAUCCGUCGGGGACUGACAUCAUGAACUGGGCGGGCAUGUACACACGCCCACCCAGUUCAGCUGUCAAUCACCGCCGGCCGUCGCAGCAUGUGUACGGUUGGUCGGCCGACCGCCUAUACACACACAGUGACGCGCCAAUAUAUCGGUAGAUAUAUUGGCCGUCGGCUGUGCUGCGGGGCUGACCCGAUACGUCUGUGAAUGACGGAGUUCACAGACGUAUCGGCCGUACACACUGGCCGACGGACCCGCGAUAUAUCGGCCGUUCAAGAGAACGGCCAAUAUAUCGGCCAGUGUGUAACCACCUUUAGAGUUCUAGAAUUUUAGACAAUCACUAGAUCGCUUUGCUGGGUAGGAGAGGGGUACAGCAGCCACCCUAUAAUGCACUUUUAAUGGAAGAUGCUUUAAAAAAAAAAAAAAAAGUAUUAUCCAUGAACAUUUCUAAGUCUAGGGGGUCUACUUACUAAGCCUUGGAGAGAGAUACAGUAUAGAGAGAUAAAGUACCAGCCAAUCAGCUCCUAACUGUCAUGUUACAGGCUGUUUUAAAAUUGACAGGAGCUAGUUGGUAGGUACUUUAGCUCUCUCUAAGGCUUAGUAAAUAGACCCCUAGCUACAGUAUGUAAUGUUGAUUGGAACAUAGAGGAAUACGUAUACAAAUGCAAUGCAAGAGCCUGUUUUGUUGCCUAAUGUUAAAGGGAUCCAGGUAAUGACAUUUUUAAAAUAAAUUAUUUAACAUU